CGCGGCUCGGGGCAGAGGCUCCCCGACGGCUGGAGCGCUCUGUUCUGAAGCACACGUGCGCACGGGUGGCGCCGGGACGGCCGAGCUGCUGAGCACUCUGCGGACACUUCCCUGCUGUACGUACCUUGGCUAUCAGCUGAGACAAAAUGGAAGAGUCCUACAAGGAUAGGACUUCACUGAUGAAGGGUGCCAAGGACAUUGCCAAAGAGGUGAAGAAGCAAACCGUGAGGAAGGUGAACCAGGCAGUGGACCGGGCCCAGGACGAGUACACGCAGCGGUCCUACAGUCGGUUCCAGGAUGAAGAUGAUGAUGACGACUACCCGGUUGGAGAAACCUACAGUGGGGAGGUCAAUGACGAUGAAGGCUCGAGUGAGGCCACGGAGGGUCAUGAUGAAGAGGAUGAGAUCUAUGAAGGGGAGUACCAGGGCAUCCCUAGCAUGAGCCAAGGGAAGGACAGCACAGUGCCCAUAGGGCAGCCCAAAGGAGACAAAGACCGCAGAGCACUGGAGUCGGAGAGGAGGGCUGAUGAGGAAGAGCUGGCCCAGCAGUAUGAGCUGAUAAUCCAAGAGUGUGGCCACGGUCGCUUCCAGUGGGCCCUGUUCUUCGUCCUGGGCAUGGCUCUCAUGGCCGACGGCGUGGAGGUGUUUGUGGUAGGCUUUGUGUUACCCAGUGCCGAGACAGACCUAUGCAUACCGAAUUCAGGAUCUGGAUGGCUAGGCAGCAUAGUGUACCUCGGGAUGAUGGUGGGGGCGUUCUUCUGGGGAGGACUGGCAGACAAAGUGGGAAGGAAGCAGUCUCUUCUGAUUUGCAUGUCUGUCAACGGAUUCUUUGCCUUCCUUUCUUCAUUUGUCCAAGGUUAUGGCUUCUUUCUCUUCUGUCGUUUACUUUCUGGAUUCGGGAUUGGAGGGGCCAUUCCCACUGUGUUCUCCUACUUUGCUGAAGUCCUGGCCCGGGAGAAGCGGGGUGAGCACCUCAGUUGGCUCUGCAUGUUCUGGAUGAUUGGCGGCAUCUACGCUUCGGCCAUGGCCUGGGCCAUCAUCCCACACUACGGGUGGAGCUUCAGCAUGGGCUCAGCCUACCAGUUCCACAGCUGGCGUGUCUUUGUCAUCGUCUGUGCGCUCCCCUGUGUCUCCUCCGUGGUGGCCCUGACCUUCAUGCCGGAAAGCCCUCGGUUCUUGCUGGAGGUGGGAAAACAUGAUGAAGCCUGGAUGAUUCUCAAGCUAAUUCAUGAUACCAACAUGAGAGCCCGAGGUCAGCCAGAGAAGGUCUUCACGGUAAAUAAAAUCAAAACUCCCAAACAAAUAGAUGAGCUGAUUGAAAUUGAGAGCGACACAGGAACGUGGUAUAGGAGGUGUUUUGUUCGGAUCCGCACAGAACUGCACGGAAUUUGGUUGACUUUUAUGAGAUGCUUCAACUACCCAGUCAGGGAAAACACCAUCAAGCUUACGAUUGUUUGGUUCACCCUGUCCUUUGGGUACUAUGGACUGUCCGUUUGGUUCCCCGAUGUCAUUAAGCAUUUGCAAUCUGAUGAGUAUGCACUGCUAACUAGAAAUGUGCAAAAAGAUAAAUACUCAAACUUCAGCAUUAACUUCACGAUGGAAAACCAGGUCCACACCGGAAUGGAGUAUGACAAUGGCAGAUUCCUGGGAGUCAAGUUCAAAUCUGUAACUUUCAAAGAUUCAGUGUUUAAGUCCUGCACCUUUGACGAUGUGACCUCAGUGAACACCUACUUCAAGAACUGCACGUUCAUUGAUACCCUUUUUGAGAACACAGAUUUUGAGCCAUAUAAAUUCAUUGACAGCGAAUUUCAAAACUGCUCGUUUCUUCACAACAAGACAGGAUGCCAGAUAACCUUUGAUGAUGACUACAGUGCCUACUGGAUUUACUUUGUCAACUUUCUUGGGACAUUGGCGGUGUUACCAGGAAAUAUUGUGUCUGCUCUCCUGAUGGACCGGAUUGGGCGCUUAACGAUGCUAGGUGGCUCCAUGGUGCUCUCAGGGAUCAGCUGCUUCUUCCUGUGGUUUGGCACCAGCGAAUCCAUGAUGAUAGGCAUGCUGUGUCUGUACAAUGGACUGACCAUCUCAGCAUGGAAUUCUCUUGAUGUAGUCACGGUGGAACUGUACCCCACAGACCGGAGAGCAACGGGCUUUGGCUUCUUGAACGCGCUCUGUAAAGCGGCGGCCGUCCUGGGAAACUUAAUAUUUGGAUCCUUGGUCAGCAUUACCAAAGCAAUCCCCAUCCUGCUGGCUUCCACCGUGCUCGUGUGUGGCGGACUCGUGGGGCUACGCCUGCCUGACACACGAACCCAGGUCCUGAUGUGACUGAACAAAAGCCAUUUCCUUCUCCUGCCAUCGGUUGGUCCUCCUGCCCGACUAGAGGCUUCAGAGUUUUUGUGUGUAGAAAGGUGGCCAAGUGUCAGAACACCAACUUUUGCUGUGACCUCAAGUGUAGUUGCGUAUCGUGAUUUGCACCGUUUUCUUCUUUUCCCACGCAUUGUUAUCUUUUCCUAACUGUGCUGCUCCUGCUCCCCAGUGCCCUGUGGAAGUGUUCCUAAAAUGUCCCGGGGUAAAGGCUGUGCUGGUGUAAGAAACAGACCCUGAUCCUGGCGCCUCAUUAACAGGAAGCUUAGGCUGGCUUGAUUGAGUUUGUGCUGAGGAAAGGGAUUUCUUUUUCUUUCUUUCUUUCUUUUUUUUCAUACAGAGUGAUAUUUCCUGUUUACUUAGAAAAAGGACAUCCAGCCACUCUAGCUGUUACAGCAGGGUGCUUCAAAAGAAUUGUGUGACACGCUUGGGAUGGGCUCUUUCAGGCAGGACUUUUAAGGUGAUUUUGCUAAUAAGAAAGUCUGUCCCCAGUUGGCAGCAAAAAACUGCUUGAGCUGUAGAAGGCAGAUUGCAGAUAGAAAGCCCAGUACCCAAUACAUGUGAGGGCUGGGGCAUCACAGUAUGUGACUGUGGCAUGCAAAUCACCGCAGUCACAGUGUUUGAAAACAGAUCGGAGAUCUUCUGCCUCUCUUUGCAUUUCCUGGAAAGCUCUCCCAGACCUGGCCAGAUUGCAGAUACAGAGGGGGAAAAGCCAUUUCUUAAAAAUUAUUCCCUCCCAAGUUUCUGGUCCAGCAAUUGGCUGUAGAAAUUAGAAACCGGCAAGAAAUUCACAACCAAAGCCAUCGGGAAAUGCAAAGGGGUACCUCUCUCAGUACUGUUACUUGAGGGUCAAAACUACCCGCCCUCCUUUAGUCAACUGUCCACUGUCACUUCUUAGCCAGAAGCUGUACAGCAGGUCCUGCCAGCCUUCCCAGGCUGUGGGCUCCAGCCUUGUCUCUGGGCUGCUUCUGAGCCUGCUCUCACAAGCUACCCUCUGGCAGGCAGGACAGCAUCUCCUGGUGGAUUUCUGUCUGUUUUACCUUCGGAAUCUUCAUGAGCAUGGCAAGGAGAGGUCAACAGGACAUUCCCACGGGCCAGUUGUCAGCUAAAUGACCUGGUCUCUCGCUGAGUCCCCCUCCCCCAAGCUCAUUCUUUUACACAUCUUUGAAAUCUGAAGCCUUCUUGUAGAUUUGCAGCCUGUGAUAACAGCCAGCAUAAGUCUCAUAUUUAAACAACAUUCUCUUUUUAAACUCCCUCUGCCGUGUUGGAGGGUGAUCCUUGUUGCUUAUUUGAAGCUUUUCCUGCAUGACCAAAGCCCUGGGGCUUGCAGAAAAAGGAAACUUUUGUUUCCACUAAUCAUUAUGUUCAGAGAUGGCCUGGCUCCCUGAGGGGCCCCUGCCUCCCCUCCCCUACCACAUUCCCUGAUCCCUUCUGGAGCUCAAAUUCUGUGAAAAGCUCUUUGAUUAACAUAAGCCAUUAAUCCACUGUCCCCAUCAAGUAAUUCAGGCUUGGUGGAGGGGACAGCCUAGAAUUAAGAUGGGAAGCUGCAGAAAGAGAGUCAUUCCCUGGAGAUGAUAUGGGCACUCAGAGCCAGGAUGUCAAGGGUAUCAGCAAAAUCUUUGGAGAUGACCUGGAAGAAGGCAAAUCUUUAAGACGAAACAUGAUUGACUUGAAAGACACCCACAAAGCAGGGACCAGAACAGAACUCCUUGCCACUUCCCUUCUCAUCGCUGAGAAACAAACCUGUGUUUUUAAAGCCCAAGAAAGUAUCGUUAUUCUCUUUCCAUGUGGGCUCAUUUCCCCCCUCACUUAACCCAUUAUUUGUCUUCUUGUAAAAGACAUGUCGGAGGCCCAUAGCUGAUCUUUUGGUUGAAUGUGGCAUGCAACAAAAUUGCUGCAAAAGUAAGAUAUGGAUUCCUAUCUUCCCAGUGCAAAAAAAGCAGACAUAUACAAGGGCAUUGCUUUGAAUUUACUGGGUAAUCCUUAAUCUCAAAUUGUCUCCAUUCUCUGUCUUAUAGUGUAACUACAUCAAGUGCAUUCCAAACUGUAGGACAGAGUUAUUUAGAAUUUUAUCUGGCUGCUGGGUUGGGUCAGCAUGCUAACUCAGCAGAACCCCACUUCAUAUGUUCUUUUCAUAAGUCCCACUUCAUAAACCCACUUCAUCUGUCCUCUUCAGGAGAACCAUUGUAGUCCCCUACCCCAGGCUUCUCAGGUGGCCCAAGAGGGAUGUCUUCUGUAAUAUCCUGGACAAUCAGUGGUCACAAACCUUCUUGGUCACUGCUUUUCCUCAGCCCCAUCACUGUGCAUCACCUUUGUUGUCCAUGACACUGUCCUUGCUGCUUCCCAAGAUGAAGUGUGGCUUGUUAACUAGAGGUUAAGAUACAACCGUGAGAUUCAACAGAAGCCCCAGUUAUGUGAGUAUCACAAGCCUUGGCACCAGGGCAGACAUCUGCCAUCCCACUUAAUGUGAAAAAAAAAAAGGAAAUUUAAAUCUGUUUCAAAAAUGAAAGGGAACAGCCCCAUUUGCACCUGCAUUUUGAACUCGUUUCCUAACGGAAGUUCCUACCAUUGCUCUUCACAGUCAGUCCAGAAUGCCGCCCAAGUUUUAUGAUCCCUGAAUCCUCUCGAUAGGGGACCACAUAAAACACAACACAAACCUGUGACUUCUGUGCGUUGCACCACCCUGCGUGUUGGGGCUGAAGGCUCACACUCAGUCUUGCUUCCUGAUUCAGCUCACACUUGAGUUCUGACCCAAUACUCGAGAUCAGUGGGGUCUUAGAGAUGUUUCUGGGGAGAAGGCACUUGAUCUUGGCCAAAAGGCCAAGAAAAAGCCGCUGGGCACAGUGGCCCUCAAUUUCUCCACCUGUAGAGAAAAGGGUUGGCACUAUUUUAUUCUCCAGACAACUGCAGGGCUACCGUGAGAGCACCUGCUCUGCCUUCUGCUGAUGGGACGCCCACCUUGACCAUGGAUUUAAGAUUACAGAAUAAGUGAGUCUGCAAAGAGGUUGCUUGGAAAGACCUCACACAGUGGGGCAGAACAGUUUUUAUGUUGUCUGUGUUGCCCACCCCACAGGACCUUGAGGGUCUCUCACUUCAGUGCCGUUGUUCACCGCCCGGGGUGGGGGGGCCCUGGAAGAUGCACUGCAGUUGGAAGACAAGCUGAAGGAUGUAGAUGCAAAGAUGUAGCGCCCUGUCCAUCUAUUUCACUGCUUCCUUGAAGUGUUGCCUUAAAUAGACCUGUGCCAUCAGGAGCAGUUUUCUCAAUGAUUUGACAGAAAUUGGUAGGUGGACCCUCAUUUAGAAAUCUUACCCAAUGAGGGCUCAAGUUUGUACCCAAAAACUUACCUGCCUUCAGAAUAUCUUAGGAAAUCAAGGAGGAGGUAGGGAAGGAGAUACGAUAACAGGGAGAGUCCGAUGUCCCGUUGAUAACACUCCAGCAACAAGAUUAGUGCGCCUGGUAGACAUUCUAAACUCUAGGAUUGCUUCCAGAGCAUUCCAUGGGAAUACUUUCUGAUGUUCUCUGCCAAUCAAAAUAGAAUAUGAUAUUCUCCGAUUUGUUGCUACCUUAUAUUAGAAAGGCUUUUACCUAGUGCUUCAUCAAGAUGCCUUAGUUGUUUGUGUAUGAAAGACUCUGAAGUCAGGAAUACCUGGACUUGACCUUCACCUGGAUUUGUAGAAAACUAGCAUACUGUUUGGGGCAAGGGACUGUACAUCAAGCUUCCUUUAAAUCCCAUAUUGUGCCAAACUUAGUUACCAACCACCCCACCCCCCAAGGAAAGAAAGUUACACUGAGACAACAGAAAACACAUCCAUACAGUAAAAUGAUGUGAAAUUGAUCAUAUGUUUCUUCACAUUUUUCUUCUGCUGAGCAAAGUGUCCAUUUUAGAUAAAUUUUCUCUUGUAAUCUGACAGAAGUAAGUUGUCAGGAUACAUUAGAUACCUUGCCUGUCCUUUCCCUGUUUCAGGAAACCGGCGAGUCUCCACUUGUCUUUCGCUUUUGACCAUUCCCCUGUCAACAACCUCUCACCAACCACACACAAGCCGUUGCCAGGGCUUCCUUCCACUUUUCUCAACCCCCAGAUGCAAUUUAGUCAUGCCAGCAUUUUGAAGCACAGGGCACACAGCCUGUGGGUCUGUUUAGGUUGCUGAUUAAACCUGGUGGAGCCGAAGAGAGGUGAGGGUUCGGUAAAAUGUGUCAGUCUCUCCUUGCACAUGCUUGUUGCAUGGUCAAGGCCUCCAGGGUGCUAGGUGGCGAGGCGCUGGGCUGGGUGCAGAUAUUUAACCCUAUGCAGUAUUUCUUUGGGAACCGAGAGAGACAGGAAUGUGAGACAAGACUGUCUCAUAUCGUGUGUUAGGUCUCUCCACCAAAUGUCUUAUUUUUCCAAGUUUUAAACAACUUACGAUCUACAACAGGUUGUACAAGAACUAUGCAGUGACUGGGUUACCUGUGACAGAAGGAAACACCUCUACAUAGAUGGCCUUUGUGGGAGGGAGUACUAAACAGUACUUGACAAAUAAAAAACACAUUCAGGCCUGUGUUUCUUCAAAUGGUCUCAACAGGAAAUUGCACUAAGAUACUGUUCAAAGAAGAGACUCCACAGCAAAGAUAGCCUUUCUGAUUUCCCCAGAGCUGUUCUUUACAGGGAGCUGGGAAGUAAGCCUGUCAACUCUAGGCACACUAGGGUUCUCCUUCCAGGACCUGGCAAGCCCUGGCAGCUGACUGCUAAUCUCUGGCCUCUACUCCAACCCUCCUGGGGGUGUUUCCUUUCUGAUGUUAGAGAUUUGUGACCCAGUCACACUGCCUUGCAAACAACCAAAAGCAACUUUCCCCUUCUCUAGCCUCAGCAAAUAAGCCACCCAGAAAACAGGUUCUGACCACAGGAAGCCAGGGAAUUUGCAGGUUACAGUUUGGAAUGGAGCAUGGGGUUGUUGCUAGGUGUUUUGAAGCUGCAAAGGAUGUGUGAGGUCCUGGAGCCUUCAAGGAUGCAGGGCAAAGAGAAGAUGUAGUCUCUGGCCCUCUGAGAGCUGUGGGUGCCCUUCCUCCUCACCAGCUCAGUCUCUGGGCGGCUCAUAUUCACUUUCUCCCUUUCAUUAAUCGCGCUCCUUCCUUCCUCUCGUGACCUCUUAAUUCUAGCGGUGUACAAAGGUGAGGGUACCUUUUCUGAGACACCGGGAUACAGGAAUGUAUAUCUUCUUGACCGAGGACUGUACAUGCCCUUACCUUCUUGGAGCACAGAGGAUGGAGAACGUGGGGAGCAGGAAUGCAGUGAUAUGGCACUCCAUGGGUCCCUGUUAAGGUUUGGAUUCUGAUGUCUUCCUAGCGCCACACCCUGAUAAGACCAGCAGUGGCCCAGCUCUGAGCUUCGUCUUCUGAGAGAAGCAUCUCUCUGCAGGAUCAUGGCGUUCUGUGGGAAACAGAUGGCACAUGGUCUCUCCUGUCUGUGUAAGUCCCUGCGCAGAGCUGAAGGUCUGAUGCUUACCCUGCAACAAUGGCCCUCCCAAAUCUGCAUGUGACCCAGAGCCAGGAAAAUCGAGAACUAAAAAGAGCAACAGCUUUCAGACUUUGCUUCAAACUCAGAUACAUUUUUAUACCAAGCCAAAACUGGCAGCAAGGAUAUUGUGCCCUGAGCAGCUUUCAGGUGCUCUUGAGGACUGGCCAGCUAGACCAUAGAGGGUUGUGUUGUCUAAAUCCAAUCAUGGCUGGAAAAAGGCUCAACCCAGUUCUUAGAGUCAGUCAUUUCAGAAAUUUUGAAAGCCAGUCAAGAAAUAUAGCCAUCACUGAAAGGUAAAUACAGUUAAAUCAGUUACAUUUUAAAGUUACAUAUCAUCACUUUCUACUUAUUUUGCUAGAUUUUUCUGUUAGCCAUGCCCUUGAGGUAAGAUAUGCCUAUUAUAUGUCUGUUAUGGAAAUACUGUGUAAUGGAGUCUGUCCUAUUGGAAUUAUAUUCUCAGUGACAGGGUCAGUGACAUUAUACUGAGCUCAUCCACCGAGGUAACGUUUACAGCAUGGAAAGCAACAAAUGCUACAGGUCAGAUGCCUCCAACCCCAAAUAACUCCAAGCAUUGGGAAACAAUCAGCAACAUAUCACUAUCUGAAGCCCUGAAGAAUGCUUGCUUUCCCAAAACUCAGCAGCAGCGUGCUUUGCUGGCAUGCACAGGACCCUGGCUUUGUUGGGGAAGGAGGUUGGGCCUCCCAACAUACAGAUCUAGGCCAGGUGGAAUUGAAUGUCCCCUUGGGCUUGUGAGUCAGCAUUACAUCACCCAUAAGUCCAAGGCUUCUUUUCACAUUCAUAUUGCCUCAGAAUAGGGCCAGCUGUGCAGAGAAGCCACUGGCCUCUGGAUGUUGUUCCUUCAGGGGGAAGUUGCACUAAGUCAGCUAGUUCAUGCACUUUCCAAAAUGUGGCUGUAUGUUUGCCGCCUGGCCAGACCAGGAGCUCUGUUAGUGUCUGCAUAGAUAAAGGAAAGCCCCAGAAGAGGCUCCCUCAGGCCCACCUCCCCUCAGUCUACAGCCCCAUCCUGCUCUUGGCAAUGAGAUCUCGGCAGCGGUCCUGUCCUUGGUGUGGGUGUACAGGUGUUUCGGCUUUGUAUUCCCUCUUUUCUCUUUUCGGCGCUCUGUCUACUGUCCCCUGUCUGGUCCGGCCCCACCUCCCUAUUGGACUAUAUAUAUGUGCUGCAUGUGUGAACCUCAGUAACUCUCCCUUCAGGUUCCUGGAGUCUCCGUCUCUAGCUCAGCUGACCCUGCUGUGAACUCGUCUUUCUGGUAUGCUCCUUUGUGUCUCAUUUCCGAGUGCCAAAAUGUUGGGCCAAGCGUAUUUUCACAAAAUGUUCUGAGACAGCCUUGUGUAUCCUUGUGAAAGGGCAUGCUUCAUGUGGGAUGGCUCAUGUACAGCGCAAAUCUAUCACAUGUGGAAGUGUGUGUCCAUUUAUGUGCCAGAUAAUAUCAUUCAUGUAAUAGCUGCAAAGAUAUUUAAUGUACAUCAGAUGAAUAAAAGAGCAUUUUUGCUCC